CAGAGCAGCGAAAAAAUACUGUGAAAGACAGAACUUCAGAAGCAGAUUAUUGAGGCAGAGAUGGCAAGCAAGCGGCCUUACCAGCAGUUAAUGAAGAGAAUUUGCAGCAGUAUGAGAAGGGAUGCUAGGAAUUUCAGUGCUGUUCCUCAAGGCACUGCCAGUGCUUUGUCUUCUCAACAUAUCAUUAACCUGGAGUACGAGUACAGUGCUCACAAUUAUCAUCCAAUUCCUAUGGUUUUUUCUCAAGCAAAGGGGUGUUCCAUAUGGGAUCCAGAAGGGAACAAGUAUCUUGAUUUUCUCUCCGCUUACUCUGCUGUAAAUCAGGGGCAUUGUCAUCCCAAGAUCAUGAAAGCAUUGGUAGAACAGGCUGAAAAGCUCACUCUUAGUUCUCGAGCCUUCUAUAAUGAUAAAUUUCCAGUAUAUGCUGAGCGUCUAACGAGCAUGUUUGGAUAUGAGAUGGUGCUACCAAUGAAUACAGGUGCUGAAGGUGUAGAGACAGCUUUGAAGUUAGCAAGGAAAUGGGGAUACAUGAAGAAAUCAAUACCAAGAGAUGAGGCUAUCAUUCUCUCAUGCUGUGGCUGCUUCCAUGGUCGCACAUUGGCUGCUAUAUCUAUGAGCUGUGACAAUGACGCCACUAAUGGUUUUUGGCCCUUGUUGCCUGGUCUUCUCAAAGUUGAUUUUGGUGAUGAAGUUGGCCUUGAGAAAAUAUUUAGAGAAAAAGGAGAAAAUAUUGCUGGGUUUUUGUUUGAACCUAUUCAAGGGGAGGCAGGGGUUAUACUUCCUCCGGAUGGUUAUCUAAAGGCUGUUAGAGAUCUUUGCUCAAAAUAUAAGGUUUUAAUGAUUGCUGAUGAAAUACAAAGUGGCCUUGGGCGCUCUGGAAGAAUGCUGGCUUGUGACUGGGAGGGAGUCCGCCCUGAUGUUGUUAUACUGGGGAAAGCACUUGGUGGUGGGGUGCUACCUGUGAGUGCCGUGCUAGCAGACAAGGAUUUCAUGCUUUGCAUCCAACCAGGGGAGCAUGGAAGCACCUUUGGAGGAAAUCCUUUGGCAAGUGCAGUUGCCAUUGCAUCGUUAGACGUGAUUAGAGAUGAAAGGCUUGCUGAAAGAUCUGCUAAAAUGGGAGAGGAGCUCAGGCGUCAGCUAUUGAUAGUACAGCAGCAAUUCCCUGAAAUCAUAAAGGAAGUGCGAGGAAAAGGUCUAUUCAAUGCUGUGGAGCUUAAUAGCAAGGCCUUGUUUCCAGUGACUGCCUAUGACAUAUGCCUGAAGUUAAAGGAGAGGGGAAUUCUAGCUAAGCCAACUCAUGAUUCUAUUAUAAGAUUGACUCCUCCACUUUCAAUGAGCUUGGAUGAGCUUCAAGAAGGUUCAAAGGCACUACGUGAUGUUUUGGAACUUGAUCUACCACAAAUGCAAAAGAAGAAGCCACUUAGUGUCUCCCAUAAUGUAGCUAAUGUAUGUGAUCGUUGUCAGCGCAACUUAUAUGGCUCUUCAUAAAAAUAUGAUUACAUGAGAAGUUUAUGAAAGAGGUUACUUGGUUUGAUUGAAUCAGGCCCCAACUUAUUGGAGCAGUGAUAUAGACUUGUUCGUUCAUCAUAACAUGGUCUUCCUGUCAUUUGUUGGUGGGAAUAAAGACUUGAUUUAUUUGCAAUUAAAAAUCUUUAUUUAUUGGCAGCAUCAUCACUAUUAUACAAA